UGUGUGAAAACUUCCCUGGGCCUCAUAAACAACCACAGAACCACAAGUCGGGUAGGCUGGCAGUGUCAGAAGUCUAAACCCGGCAUAGUGGUCAGCAGGCAGGACGAAUCACACUGAAUGCUAACCACAGGCUCUCGUAGAGCGGUAGAAGAAAUCAUUGAAUACCCCACCUUCAGAAGAGGUGCGUUUUUGAAAGGAAACGAUGGCUUCAGACAGCAUUUUUGAGUCAUUUCCUGCAUACUCACAGUGCUUCAUGAGAGAUGCCAGCACGAGCCGCCGCUUCACGCCGCCUUCCACCGCGCUGAGCCCCGGCAAGAUGAGCGAGGCGCUGCCGCUGGGCGCCCCGGACAGCGGCGCCGCCCUGGCCAGCAAACUGAGAAGCGGCGACCGCAGCAUGGUAGAGGUACUAGCUGACCACCCGGGAGAGCUGGUGCGCACCGACAGCCCCAACUUCCUCUGUUCCGUGCUACCCACUCACUGGCGCUGCAACAAGACCCUACCCAUCGCUUUCAAGGUGGUAGCGCUAGGGGACGUUCCGGAUGGCACUCUGGUCACCGUCAUGGCAGGCAACGAUGAAAACUACUCGGCGGAGCUGAGAAACGCUACGGCAGCCAUGAAGAACCAAGUGGCAAGAUUCAAUGACCUCCGGUUUGUCGGUCGGAGUGGUAGAGGCAAGAGCUUCACCCUGACCAUCACCGUCUUCACAAACCCACCGCAAGUCGCCACCUACCACAGAGCCAUCAAAAUCACGGUGGACGGCCCGCGAGAACCCCGAAGACAUCGGCAGAAACUAGAUGAGACCAAGCCCGGGAGUUUGUCCUUUUCCGAGAGGCUCAGUGAACUGGAGCAGCUGCGGCGCACGGCCAUGAGGGUCAGCCCGCACCACUCAGCCCCCACGCCCAACCCUCGGGCCUCCUUGAACCACUCCACUGCCUUUAACCCGCAGCCUCAGAGUCAGAUGCAGGAUGCGAGGCAGAUCCAGCCAUCCCCACCAUGGUCCUAUGAUCAGUCUUACCAGUACCUGGGAUCCAUCACCUCCUCUUCCGUGCACCCGGCAACGCCCAUCUCACCUGGCCGUGCCAGCGGCAUGACAAGCCUGUCUGCGGAACUCUCCAGUCGACUUUCAACGGCCCCGGACCUGACAGCCUUCGGCGACCCGCGCCAAUUCCCCACGCUGCCGGCCAUCUCCGACCCGCGCAUGCACUACCCAGGCGCCUUCACCUACUCGCCGCCCGUCACGUCGGGCAUCGGCAUCGGCAUGUCAGCCAUGAGCUCCGCUUCUCGCUACCACACCUACCUGCCGCCACCCUAUCCAGGCUCGUCGCAGGCCCAGGCCGGGCCUUUCCAGACCAGCUCGCCCUCCUACCACCUAUACUAUGGCACCUCCGCCGGCUCCUACCAGUUCUCCAUGGUGGGCGGCGAGCGCUCGCCCCCGCGCAUCCUGCCGCCCUGCACCAAUGCGUCCACGGGCGCUGCACUGCUCAACCCCAGCCUCCCCAGCCAGAGCGACGUGGUGGAGACCGAGGGCAGCCACAGCAACUCGCCCACCAACAUGCCACCCGCGCGCCUGGAGGAGGCGGUGUGGCGGCCCUACUGAGCGCCUUCGAGGGACUGAGCCCGACUGCACCUGCCGUCCACGCACAGACCCCCCGCCAGGAGGGCCUUGGAGGCCAACAGGAAGAUUCCCGGAGGGAAACUGUGAAUGCUUCUGAUUUAGCAAUGCUGUGAAUAAAAAGAAAGAUUUUAUACCCUUGACUUCACUUUUUAACCACGUUGUUUAUUCCAAAGAGUGGAAUUUUUUUGGUUCGGGGCGGGGAAGACAUAGCUCAUCCAGUUUGGCAUUUAUUUCUUAUUUCGGAGUUACUUUUCCGCACCUUAUCAAUUGCAAAAAAUGUGUGUUUGCAUCUGGGUGGUCGUUAUUUUUAAGUAUGUAUAGAUCUGAGCUUGCUACUUUCUUCCUUUGACCAACUGAAAGAAAUACGGUUCCUUUCUCUACAUUUAUUUAACUUUUGGACUUUCUUGUAGCUGGGAUUUUUGUUUUUUGGUUUUUGUUUGUUUUGUCUUUUUUUUUUAAGAUACAGCUACAACUUUGGGUCAUUUUUUAACUACUGUAUUUCCACAAAGAAAUCCCUAGAUAUUUAUGUAUCUCGAUGUUUGAACAUUUGCAUAUGUGUUGAUACUUUUUUAAUUAUUUAAAUGUACUUAUAUUAAGAAAAAAUAUCAAGUACUACAUUUUCCUUUAUAAUAGCCAAAGUUAAAUGUUAUUGCAUUGAUGAUGGCUGGAGAAAAAAGCGAAAGGUGGGUUGUGGCGGCUUGGUUACCUAGAGAUACUGUUUACAUUAAAUCCCUUUUAUGGUUUUCAAACAAGUUGGUAGCUAAUGCAGCAAUGUUUUCGAUCGGAUUUUAGACACUGGAGGUCACUCCAAGGAUCAGAAGUACAAAAUUUUCUGCUAGGCUCAACAAAGGGCCUCAUACUCGGCUCCUCCCCUUCAAAAAGAAAGGCAAAACUCCCAGAGGGUUCAGAGAGGUGCCAGUGAUUAUAGCUCUGAAGAGGAUUUUAUUUCGGCCUGGAGGUAUGCUUGCCCCAAGGCCUUCUGAUUCAGGCAUGCUUUAUAGGAACUCAUUCAGGUAAACUGGUGGACCCCAAAUCAGCGAAUAUGAUACUCUAAUUGCCUUCCACUGCUAGUUCCUGUUCACUGACAAAAACCAAAACUUGUGGCUGCACCCCAAAGAUCCAAAUAGAAGAGGUAAUAGUGCCUUUGAGGCCCAGUGGCUGAGUUUUAAGAGAGUGUACCCCAAAAGCCUAAAGGAGCCAGCUGUGGGAGAUACCCUGUCAACCCAUGCAGGAUGCUUACCGGAAGCUGCUCACUCACCAGCUUCUCUGAGCUGCUUCCAGCAGGCUGAGCCCCUAACCUUGGGGGUUUGUGCACUUUUUCUGUGCAUCAGCAUGAUAAGAAAGAUUCGUGUCUCUGCAGUCCAUGCUACGGUUCAAAUGGAUACCACAGUCACUGUAAAUGUAAUGGCAAUCUUGUUAUAGUGGAGGACUUGGUCAAAAUUCAGUCGUUCAACAAUGUAUAAACCCCAACUGCUGAUUUUGACAUUUGUGUGUUCAAACUGAUUUGGUUGUUUUUAAUGUACCUCUUAAAUUAGUUGAAAUGAUGUCAGGUCAAUUCCGAGGAGCGUUUGAAAGCAGGACUUCAGAACAGUGUUGGAUUUUUUUAUUAUUAUUUUAUAAAUUUAAGCAUUCAGAUUAGAUCUUUGGCUGCAGGCAGCGAAAACAGCUGGACUUAUUUAAAAAUACAACUUGUUUUUGAAUUAUCUAUAUCUAUAUCUAUAAAUAUAAAUAUAUAUAUAUUGAUUCUUUGUUUUCCACGGAGCACAGCACUUUGGUAAGAGGCUAGCCUGUGCUAGCAGGCUGUCCCUGUCUGGAGAAGAGCUACAGGAGAUCUCAGAGAGAGGCGAUUAGAUUUUCACAGCGGGCAUAGCUUCCCCCAUUCAGCUGCACUGCUGGCCCAUGGCACACUGUUCAGCUGUGCUGUCAUCAGCUGUCAGAAAAAUAAAAUCUUAAUUUCUGGAAAGGACCAUUAGUUUAUGUCUCCAAAAGCAGAUGUUCUUCUUAACAUAGGUUGUCAUAUCUGGUCUAAGAAAAUCCUAGGGAAAGACAAAGGAGGAAGAUUUGUAUUUUCUCGUAUUCAUUCUGAUACCUGAAGGUACUCCAGCCCUAUGAGAGGGACCAGAUAACCUCACACUUGGAAUCUUUGCCCCGGAAACCGUGCAUCAAGGCUUCUAAUUUUGUUGUUGUUGUUACAGAUGGCCUGGUUAGCCGUUCAGUGCUUCCUAAAUCCUUACCAGCAUACACAGAAUUUAGUCAUUUCAGCGAAAAAGAAAUAAAGAAAUAAAAAAGCAGACCAGCACUCUUUGUCUUGGAGAUAAGAUUCCACACGGCACAUACUCUUCUCCUGAGAAAUUGUGUUCAUUGCCUUCAGGUACAUCAGGGUGGAUUCCUUCACUGUCUUUAGUAAGACCCUAAGCCAAUUCCGAGAUAAGUGGGGUACUGGUCCAGGAAAAGAAAGCUGGAAUAAGCCAUUUCUACUGCUUCUUCCAGCCCCUCCUUAUGAUUUUAACACAUACUUCAGUUCCUUCUGUUUUUCUCACCCUCUGUGUUCUCCAAUAUCUCUUCUCUCUUUUCUCCUCCCUCCUCCAAAACCCACCUCCUCCCUCCUGCAUGCUUUCUAAGGAAGCAUUACACACACACACACACACACACACACACACACACACACACACACACACACUCACACUACCCCAUACCAAGUAUUCCAGAACACAGGUGAUCCAGUACUCCAUUUGCAUAAAGAACAGGGUGAGUCAGCCAUUCUCUUGCUCACAUGUUUCUUCCAACAGAACAGGUGUUGCCAGCCGCCCUGGAUCUGCUUGCUGUCCAGAUCCAGCAGCGGAAAACUCUGAAACUCACAGCCGAUGGCUGAGUGGCUGCACUUCUGCCCAAGCACCUGUGCAACAAGCAUGCUCAGACGGGCAAGAGAGAAGCGGUUUCCCUCCAACGGCCUGCAAUUGAUGAUUGCAGAUUUUUUUUUCUUGAAAUACCUUUUCCCUGGGACAUUCAGUCCUAGGUAUUUUUUUGGUUUUGAUAGGUUUUUUUUUUUUUUGGUUGUUGUUGUUCUUUUAAUUUUGUUGGGGGGGCAUGAGAUGUUUAGGGUCUUUUAUACAUGAAAAUAAAUGAGUUGACAACAAUCUCAGAAUAUAUUUUUUCCACACCUGAACAAAAUGCCUUUGUUUACUGUAUAGUAUACAUUUAUUGGGGGGGUUAGUCGGUUGGUAAUUUGUUGGGGUGCCUUCCCUCUUUCCGCUGGGUCAGUAUUGGCAAAGCUGAUCAUUUGUCUUUUAUUUCCUCCUUCAGAAGAAGCUGUAUCAAUAAACUCAAUUGUAUUUAUGUAUGUAAAUAGAGUUCAAGCUUCCUUAUAAAAUAUUGGUAAUGCCUUGUAAUAUCUUUUUUUUUCACUUUUUGUGUGCAUUUCUACGGACCUUUUCUUAUGUUCGCUGAAUAUUGUAGAAGAAAAACGCUUCUCUCCGCUUGUUUAUUUUAGACUUUCAGAAAAAAACAAGCUACUUCUUGCUCACUUUUAUAAGCAGCUAAUAAACGGCAUGGUUCCAACUU